UUAGUGAAAAAAAAUUAAUUCACGGAAUUAUACAACUACUUCAGAUUAUAUAGGAAUAAAAAAUGUCGGAAGAGGAUAAGUCACGUUCACUCCAAAGGAGUUUGGAUGAAUUGGCACAAUGGGAGAAAGAGAUGAGUGAGAUUGAUAAGGAUAUUGAAAUUUAUCGUAUAAAGAAGACUCAAGCUAUAUAUUCUAAACGUAGAGAUAUUUUAAAUUCAAUUCCUAAAUUUUGGUAUAUAGUUUUAGCAGAAAAUGAUGAUUUUGCUGAUUAUAUUUAUGUUGAUGAUUUAAAAUAUUUGGAAUUUAUUGAUGAUAUUUAUAUUGAUUAUCCAAUAAUAUCUCCUAGUACUUAUAAAGAUUUUACAAUUACUAUUAAAUUUAGUGAAAAAAAUGAUUUAAUAGCAGGUCAAACCAUAACUAAGAGUUUUAAAACAAUAAUUGAGGAUGGAGAAGAAAGAUUAAUAUCUGAACCAGUGGAGUUCGAAUGGCCAACAGAUCUGAAUCUUAUAAAUCCUCAAGUGAUUAAACAAAAAAACAAAGGUAAUAAGAAUUGGAGUACUCAAGAUAAAAAAUCUUAUCGAUUAAGUAUGAAAUCAUUCUUUGCUUGGUUUGGAUGGACUGGUAAAAAGCCAGGUAAAGAAUUUAAAAAUGGAGAAGACUUAACAAGAUUGAUUGUAGAUGAUCUUUACUUGAAUGCAUUAAAGUAUUACAUAUUGGCAUUACCAAAUGGUGAUGAUGAUGAAGAUGAUGAAGAGGAUGAAGAUGAUAGCUCAGAAGGUGAAGAAUUAGAUUUAAGUGGUGAUGAACAUGAUUCUGAAGAGGAAGAGAAUGAUAAUGAGAGUAAGACAAAUAAACGAGCAUUAACUACUGAAGAUGAUCUAGAAUCAAAAAAGCAUAAACAUUAGAUAAACUUUAUAUACAUAU